AUGGAGGAUAGUAAUGCAAUGGAGUGUAAUGAAGUUGGGCUCUCAAACGAGGACGCCGUUUCGCUGUUUAGUACUUCACUCAACAAAGCCUUAGAAAAACAAAGUAAAAAUUGUCUCAUUCAGGAAGUUGAUUUAACAAAGGCUGCAGCAGUUAUUAAGGAAGAAAAGACAGCCCUACAACAGAGAAACAAAAUUCUGAAAAUCGCUGACCGUCACGGAUGGGAUACCGUGAAGUAUCUCGAUGACCCCUUUAAUACCGAAGAUGCCACUAAGCUUCGUUACGCUGUGGGGCGUGCUGGGCUUCAAGAGUCGGAAAUACAGGAUUCCAGUUCCAAAGAGAUCGUGGCGGAUGUUUCUACUGUCGGCAAGUCGGACACAUGGUCAGAGACUGCCCAUACCUCAAAGGCCAGCCCAUCCCCACCUUGUCAACCUCAACUACAUGCACAAGUGGAACCUCUAAGCAGUGAAAAUAAUGAAGUACGCAGUGUUUGGACAGAAAUUCAGGAAAUGAAAAAGGACAGCAGACUUUCUUCAGCAGCAUCAAACAUUCAGCACAUAAUCAGGAAAGGGAAGAGUGAUAGUUCAUAUAAAAUGUACGACACAUAUUUUAAAAAGUUCAGGACCUGGUGUUCAGAUCAUGGUGUUUCUCAUUUACCCGCGGCAGUGAGUACGGUAGCCGUAUUUCUUAGCAGUCUCGUGCAACAGUCGGUGUCAGAAUCAGUGUUAUCAGCUUAUUUUUACAGUAUUAAGUGGUUCCAUGAUUUCAAUGUGUGCACUAAUCCUUGUGAUACAAAAAUUCUGCAUAUGGUUAUGGAAGGAGGAAAAAGAAUCCUUAGUAAGCCGAUUCAGAAGAAGGAACCUAUUACGCCCGAAAUUUUGGAGCAGAUCAUAAACAAAUACGGUGAUGACAGUCGGAAAAAUGACUUAUUAAGUGUAAGAGUGUGUGCUAUGUUUCUGAUGGGAUUUGCGGGGUUUUUAAGAUUUAAUGAACUUGCGAACUUAAGAGUUAGAAAUAUUUCUUUUCAUGAUUUUUACAUGUGUUUACAUAUUGAAAGCAGCAAAACUGACGUUUAUAGACGAGGUAAUGAUGUUCUCAUUGCAAGUACAGGUAAUGCUACAUGUCCUGUGUUUUGGGCAAAACAUUAUUUACAGUUGGCUGGAAUAUCAGGAAAACCAGACGAUUUCAUUUUUAGAUCUGUACGUUAUUUCAAAUCAGCUAAUUGUCACAGGCUUUGUAAUAUCAACAAGCCUAUUUCUUACACCAGGGCACGUGAAAUAUUACUUGAUUCUUUAUCGACCAUUGGUGUGGAUUCAAAGCUAUUUGGUUUACAUAGUUUACGUAGUGGUGCCGCUACUUCUGCAGCUUCAUGUGGGGUAAAUGACAGGAAAUCAGCCCAAUGA